AUGGCAGAGAAUGGAAAUUUACGACUUCUUAUUUUACAAGCUUUAUGUCCGAUUUUAAUUGUCAUGAUAAAUUUACGGUCUCAAGAUGAUAUUAAGCGCAACGCCACCAGAAUGACUAGAAGGGAUCCUUGCCUUCUACAGCUCAAGCACGGAGCACUGUUAGUUUUAGCGUUAAUUUUUGCCGUAACAGCAGAUUGGAUUGGGUUUCAAGAUAGACAAUAUUUGGAGAACAAGAAAACAAUUUCAUGCAAACUUGUUAUUAGCAUAAGACAUGACAAAGAGAACUCUCUAGAGAGAACUAAGUACAGCAUGAGGCUUACGCAACAUUUGCAUAAAAGAUUAAUACAGAAUGGUGAGAACCACGGUCAACGUUCAGUUAACUUGAGAAGGAAAUUACCAAAUCAAACAACAUGA